AUGCUAUCUGGGACUUGGUAUUACGUAAAAAAUACCGGCAAUAUUCAAAACUACAUCUACUUCCUUGAUUCUAUUAAAUCCGAACUAAUCAAUUUACUAAAAUCAAUUGCGAGUAAAAAUCCGAUCAAGUUUAAUUUAAAGCUUGAGGCGACUUAUAAUAUACCAAAUGUCGAAUAUUCAUCGGAAAACCGUGCUUUUAAAACAUCGGCUAAGGCGGUUUUCUGUGAUACCGGAGUACAGGAAAUUUUUGAAGAGGCAUUCGCUAAAUUAAUGAAAGAGCAAGACGAGUAUACAAGCAAAGGUAGUGGUUUCACAUUACAAUGUAUAGACGGUUUAAUGUUAGGUGUAUAUAAAUAUACACCUAUAGGCGGCUCAUCCUACAUACAACUACCAGAUGCAAUAGAAAAUAAAAAAGCUACGAUUAACCCUCAAAACAUAGACAUGCAAUGCUUCAAAUGGGUUAAAAUUUUUGAAAAAAAUAAACCAAACGUGUCCGUACAUGUUUACGGUAUCGAUAAGAAAUUUCAACCACCAAAAUUUCCGGAAUAUAAAGUAUUCCCUCUGAAAGUAGUACAUGAAGAAAAACCCGACCAUUUUGAUCUACUUAUAAUAUCAGACGGGGAUAACAGUCACUAUAGCUACAUCUCUAAUUUUUCACGGCUCAUCAGAUCACAAAAAACCAAACACGAUGGACAAACAAUAUUUUGCAAACGGUGCUUCACAACAUUCGACAAACAACAUUACAAAUAUAAAUUAAACGGCGUGGCAGGACUAGAACAACAUAAAUUAAUAUGUGGGGAGCACAAACCCAUACUACCUCAGAUACCUGAACCUGGGUCAAUACUCGAGUUUACUGCAUGGGAUAAAACACAACGUCAUCCUAUAGUAAUUUAUGCAGAUUUCGAAGCAAUUCUCAAGAAAACUGAUGAGAAAAUUGGAGAAAAAACUACAGCUUUUCAAGAACACGAACCCAUGAGCUAUGGGUAUAUAGUUAAAGCAAAUGACGAAAUACCGGUGGAACUGCUUGAAAAAUUCAGAAUUCCAACAUCACCCGUAAUCUACCGUGGAAAUGAAAAUAAUAAGGACGUGGCGAAACAUUUUGUAGAUAGUAUUGUGGAAAUAGCUAAAAAAAUUGAAGAAUUACUCAAAACAAACAUUCCUAUAAUUUUCACGGGUGAACAACGAAAAACACACGAAUUAUGUAAUAAUUGUAAUUUAUGUAAGACCAAGUUUUCUCGUGAAAAUCAUAAAGUGGCAGAUCACUGCCAUUUAUCGGGAAAAUUUAGACAAUCGUUAUGCAAUACGUGUAAUCUUAAACUUCAAACACCAAACUUUGUACCGGUAUUUUUUCAUAAUUUAUCGAAUUAUGAUUCACAUUUCAUUGUCACUCGUCUUGGAUAUGAUACAAACUCCAUCUCUGUAAUACCAAACAGCGAAGAAAAGUUUAUUACGUUUUCAAAACAUAUAAGCAAUUCGUUCACAUUAAGAUUUAUCGAUACACUGAGAUUUAUGGCCUCCAGCUUAUCAACACUUUCAAAAAAUUUAAUCAGACCUGGAUUUGAAAAGUUUAGAAACAGCGCAAAACAUUUUUCCGCACAGGAUUUAUCACUAGUUACCCGUAAGGGUGUAUACCCGUAUGACUAUACAGAUGAUUGGGAUAAGCUCGAAGAAACCAGUUUACCGGCAGAAAAAGAUUUUUACAGUUCAUUGGAAGAAUCACAUAUAAAACAUGAGGAUUUUGAACAUGCAAAUACAGUUUGGAACCAUUUCAGCUGUCAAACACUCGGGGAAUACUCUGAUCUUUAUUUAAAAAUUGAUGUGUUACUGUUGGCUGAUGUGUUUGAAAAUUUCCGAGACCUCUGUUUAACCACCUACCAUCUGGAUCCAUCAUUUUACUACACGGCGCCAGGAUUUAGUUUUGACUGUAUGUUGAAAUACACGGGUCAACAACUCGAAUUACUUCAUGAUUAUGACAUGUUGUUAAUGAUUGAAAAAGGAAUUCGUGGUGGAUUGACUCAGGCGAGCAUGAGAUAUGCAAAGGCGAAUAAUGAAAAGACACCAGAUUAUGAUUCAACAAAACCGAAAUCAUGGCUUGUUUAUCAGGAUUGUAACAAUUUGUAUGGUUACGCAAUGUCACAAUUCAUGCCAUACGGUGUAUUUAAUUGGGUAGAACCCACACUAGAUGGGUUAAAUGCUUUAGACGAUAGUUCACCAAUAGGUCGGAUGUAUGAGGUUGACAUAUCAUACCCAAAAGAACUUCAUGACAAACAUAAUGACUUGCCAUUCCUACCGAAAAAUGAUAUUCCACCCGGUUCAAAAGUUAAAAAACUAAUGGCAACACUCCAUUCAAAGAAAAACUACGUGAUUCAUUAUCGGAACCUACAGCAGGCCAUUAAAAACGGACUAGUAGUGGAAAAAGUUCACAGAGUUAUACAGUUUAAUCAGUCAGACUGGCUUAAGAAAUAUAUAGAAUUAAACACUGAGAUGUGA